UCUUGCGUCCAGCGCCUGGCUUCAUCUUACUCGUGGUAUCGGUUGGUGAUGUACUGUUUGUUUCUGCCAGCUGCUCGUCGAGAAAACCGUCGUCCACCAGUGCUGUACUUGAAGCCUCCCGCAAGAUGCUUGAGGCGCCUACGUGAGAGUCAUCACGAGAGAAUGUGCUCGCUCGGUCCGAGUCUAGUGUGUCGCAUCUUGCGUGAUCGGUUUCUUCAGCAAGAUCACAUAAGAUGAAUAAGUUAUCGGAACAGUGGCCCGAUCCUCUGCGUAUUGGUAAUACUUCUAUGGUGCGCAGGGAUGGCAAGACUCUUGGGCUUCCCGAAUUCCCGUUGACAGUAUUCCUCUCGGCGUGGUGGAAGUUAUUCGGAGUGGCCUGUCCCGGAGACUCUGGCAUCACCUGUGAAUCGACAGCCGUAGUCGGAGUCUUGGCUCUGGUAUUUCCUUGUAGAUCAGGAUCGAUGACAAAUCUUUCGCGCAUUCUCGUACUCUUCGUGGUGCUUCGAAAUGAUGCAGGUUUGAUUCCGCAAGACACAGCAAGGGAGCCUAUUCCAGAUGGC